UUCUUGACUCGCACGCGAUCUUGAUGGAAAAAAAUGUACUCAUGGGCUCACGUAUUAUUUUAUAAACCGUCAAUACUAAUUGGGCUUUGGCCCAUUAAUCUUCUUCGCAUCGACUCGACCACAGUACCACACACAUCGUGCCGUUUAGGCGACUCGGAACAAAAACCAAAAUUGAAAUAAGACUUUAAUUUUUUCCCAGUCUAUCACUGUUGCUCUGGCGAUUUAGAUCUUGGCGAUUAGGGUUCGUACUUAAUCUCUAAACUAGGUGUUGGGGUUUAGGGUUCGUUUCUUAAGCUUAGAAUCUCAAUCAAUCUAUGGGUAGGCACGAUAGUUCCUCCGAGGAAGAGGAGAGAGUAAGAAAGAACGAUAGAAGAAGAGAUGACAAGCGUCGGGUUAGGGUUUCUGAUGAUGACGAUCAUAAGAACUCGCGAAGAGAUCUCCAGAUUGGUCGUGUCUCAGAUGGCUCUUCAGAUGAGGAAUUAGCUAGGAAGAAUCGAAGAGAUGUAGACUCUGGUUCUGAGGAUGAUAAAGGAAGAGAUAGAGGGAAAAGAAUAGAUACUGGUCGUGAAAAGGAUAGAGUUAGAGCAGAUACUUCUUCUGAUGAAGAAGAAGAUGAGAAGCAUCUUUCAAAGGGUACUGAAGAUGGAAGAAAGACACGUAGAGGUUUGGAAGAUGAAAAGGAGAGAGAAGAGGUUGAGGAUGAUUACGAAAGGAGAGGAAGGAAGAGAAGCCCUAAAGGCAGGGAGAAGCAUGAUAAAGAGAGGAGUCAUACUCAUAGGGGUAGUAGAGUCUUAGCUGAUAAGCCUUCUGAUGACAGGCACAAGAGCAGGAGAGGUGGGCGAGAAAGCGAGAGGAAAGAUAGAGAUCAUCAAGCAUCUGAGGAUGAUGAGGAAGGUGAGAUUAGGAACGGGAGAGAGAGGGCUGAUAGAGGAGGUAAUGAAGGUUUCUUGAAGAGGGAUCGGUGGGAGAGAAAGUGGGCUGAUGGGCAUGGGAGGGAUGUUGAAAGGAAAGAGAUCCAUCGGAGGGACGAUAGACGUAGAGAUGAAAGGGAUAGGUAUGAUGAUAGUCAAAGAGACAAGUUGAGAAAGGAAGAGAAGAGUGAGGUUGCAAAGCCCAAGUUACCAGAACUCAAUCCAUCUGGUAGCAAUGCUAUUGCUUUAGGAAAAACUGGUGGAGUUUAUAUUCCUCCGUUCAAGCUAGCACGCAUGAUGAAGGAGGUGGAAGACAAGAGCAGUGUAGAGUAUCAGCGUCUUACAUGGGACGCUCUCCGUAAAAGUAUUAACGGGCUGGUGAAUAAAGUCAAUGUAAGCAACAUCAAGAACAUAAUCCCUGAACUGUUUGCUGAGAAUCUCAUCAGAGGAAGGGGACUUUUCUGCCGUUCCUGUAUGAAGUCUCAAAUGGCAUCUCCUGGAUUCACUGAUGUAUUUGCAGCUUUAGUCGCUGUUAUCAACGCCAAGUUCCCGGAAGUUGCUGAGCUUCUAUUGAAAAGGGUCGUUUUGCAGCUUAAGAGAGCUUAUAAGCGUAACGACAAGCCUCAAUUGCUCGCUGCCGUAAAAUUUAUAGCUCAUCUAGUAAACCAGCAAGUCGCUGAGGAAAUCAUUGCACUUGAAUUAGUCACUAUACUUCUUGAAAACCUGAGUGAUGACAGCGUCGAGGUGGCUGUUGGAUUCGUUACAGAGUGUGGUGCGAUGCUCCAGGACGUUUCACCAAAAGGAUUACAUGGAAUCUUUGAGCGGUUUCGUGGUAUUCUUCACGAGGGAGAGAUAGAUAAGAGAGUCCAGUAUUUGAUUGAAGGGCUCUUUGCUAUUAGGAAAGCGAAAUUUCAGGGACAUCCUGCUGUUCGUCCUGAGCUGGAUCUUGUGGAAGAAAAAUAUUCGCAUGAUAUUUCUAUUGAUGACAAAAUAGAUCCUGAAACCUCUCUUGAUGUUUUCAAACCUGAUCCUGAUUUCAUUGAGAACGAAAAGAAGUAUGAGGCGCUGAAGAAAGAAUUACUCGGUGAGGAUGAGUCUGACGAUGAAGAUGGCUCUGAUGCUAGUUCAGAUGAUGAUGAGGAGGGAGAUGAGUCUGAUGAUGAAGAAGAUGAAGAACAAAUGAGAAUAAGAGACGAGACAGAGACUAAUCUUGUCAAUCUUAGGAGGACAAUAUACCUGACCAUAAUGUCUAGCGUUGAUUUUGAGGAAGCAGGUCACAAGUUACUUAAAAUUAAACUGGAACCAGGUCAAGAGAUGGAACUCUGCAUAAUGCUCCUGGAAUGUUGCUCUCAGGAGAGAACAUAUCUGCGCUACUAUGGUCUAUUGGGUCAGCGCUUCUGUAUGAUCAACAAAAUUCAUCAAGAGAAUUUUGAGAAAUGUUUUGUUCAGCAGUACUCCAUGAUCCACCGACUUGAGACGAACAAGCUGCGUAACGUGGCCAAGUUUUUCGCCCAUUUACUGGGCACAGAUGCUCUCCCCUGGCAUGUGCUUGCCUACAUUCGGCUAACUGAGGAGGACACAACUUCGUCGUCCCGUAUCUUCAUUAAGAUCCUUUUUCAGGAAUUGUCAGAACAUUUGGGGAUUAAGCUGCUUAAUGAGAGGCUUCAGGAUCCAACAAUGCAGGAGUCACUUGAAUCCAUAUUCCCUAAAGACAAUCCAAAGAACACAAGGUUUGCAAUCAAUUUUUUUACCUCCAUUGGUCUUGGAGGCAUCACAGAGAAUCUGAGAGAGUACCUGAAGAACAUGCCACGCCUCAUCAUGCAACAGCAGAAGCAAGUUGCGGAAUCAGAAUCAGGAUCAUCCGACAGUUCUGGUUCCGAGUCUGAUUCUGAGUCAGAUUCAUCGUCCUCUUCUUCUAGUUCGGAUGAAAGCGACAGAGAGAAGAGGAAGCGAAGAAGAAGAUCUUGAGAAGGGUGGUGUGUUUGUCAAUUUCAACCAAAAAUCUUCAAGUUCUUGCGUUGGUUAUUCAACUUGAAUUUACUCAAAUGAUCAGUCAUGUGGUUCUGUUAUUGCAUAAGUCUGCUGAACAAGAGACUAGACUUAGCUAAGACGGUCAAGGCUGUGAAGAGAAAUGUUUUCUUCUUUGUUACUUUGAUUGUCUUCAAGUUAAAAUACCCCUUUUUCAGUAAAAUUUGAUCUUUGUUUUGUAGAUAAGAUGAAUACAGCAUAUGAAAUGAAAGUAACAUACAAUCAAUCGUCUGCAUAAUCAACUUCUCAAUAACUUGUCACUUAAGUUAUGUAUUAAAUGUACUAAUAUCAAUUGAAUUAAAUCGCAAAAGAGAGUGUGAUCCACACAAAUAUAUGAAAUUUGUGUUGCGUGUAU